AUGCCAUUCGGAUUGAAGAACGCAGGUGCUACAUACCAGCGGCUCAUGAACAAAGUGUUCCGGAAGCAGAUUGGGCGAAAUCUGGAGGUAUACGUUGAUGACAUACUUAUUAAAUCAAUCCGAGCGGUCAACCUUUGUGCAGAUAUAGAGGAAACCUUCGGGAUGCUGAGGACAUAUGGGGUCAAACUAAAUCCCCAGAAGUGUCUGUUCGGAGCAAAAAGUGGGCGCUUCCUGAGGUACAUCGUGACUGAGCGGGGCAUAGAGGCAAAUCCCAGUAAAGUGAAAAUUCUACGCCGAGCCACUAAGUUCCAAUGGGACGCAGAGUGCAACAAAGCCUUCGAAGAGCUUAAAGUAUACCUCAAUUCCUUACCUGUGUUAGCCAAGCUGGUCGCCAGGGAAGCCCUUAGAGUUUACUUGUCCUCGACUGAAUAUGCCGUCGGGUCGGCUCUUGUGAGGCCGGACGGUGAAGAACAGCCUGUGUACUUCUUAAGUCACAUACUAAAGGAUGCUGAGUCCCGCUACACUGGUCUCGAGAAGUUAGCCUUUAAGCUGGUACUCGCCGCUCGAAGGCUCCGCCCUUAUUUUCUGGUGCACCCGAUCGUUGUGAUGACGAACAGCCCCCUGGGGAGGGUCCUUCUCAAUCCAGAGGCGUCCGGUCGGCUAAUCAAAUGGACCACAGAACUUAGCGAAUUUGACAUACGGUAUCAUCCCCGGACGACCAUCAAAGUGCAGUCGUUAGCAGAUUUUGUCACUGAGGUACUAGAUCCCGAGCCCGAAGCCACCUGGAGGGUGUACGUGGACGGAUCGUCCACUCAACAAGGAAGUGGGAUCAGUGUGCUAUUAAUCUCCCCCCACGGGGAAUGGAUGCAUUUGUCCGUACGGCUGGAUUUUCGAGCGACCAAUAAUGAAGCAGAGUAUGAGGCGUUGAUAACGGGCCUACAGGCCGCUCGGCUUGUGGGAGCCAACAAGUCAAUCGAGCAGGUAUCUCUGGUCGCCCACAUCGACCGGAUGGAGUGGCUCACAUUCCCGAAUGACUGGCGGAUGGCUAUAGCAGAAUUUCUGAAGUUAGGGGCAACGCCUUCCGAUCGGGAGGAUGCAUAUCUGCUCAAGAAGAGAGCUGGUCGGUUCAUCCUCAUUGGCGACCAGCUCUACAAAAAAGCGUUCUCCAGGCCUGUACUCAAAUGUGUUGGUCCGGAGGAUGUGGACUAUAUUCUGCAAGAGGCACACCAAGGUUCAUGUGGCGGGCAUCCGGGCGGUCGCUUGUUAGCGGGAAAGAUUCUUUUGGCCGGCUACUUUUGGCCAACUUUACAGGAAGACGCCGCUCGGAUAGUCGCCACGUGCUUGUCUUGCCAGAAAUACCAUAAUUUCUCACAUUGUCCUACGGAGGAGUUAAAGACAUCCACAGUGUCCUGCCCUUUCGAUCAAUGGGGCAUGGACAUUGUAGGACCAUUUCCAAUGGUGACCGGACAGCGGAAGUUUUUACUAGUAGCCGUAGACUAUUUCUCAAAAUGGGUGGAAGUCGAGCUGUUCGCGAAAAUAACCGAGCAGAUGGUCAAAAAGUUCAUCUGGCUGAACAUCAUAUGCCGGUUCGACAUUCCAUGA